CCGGAGCAUCCCUGUUUUGUUCCCCACCGACCCAGCCUCAGUGAACAAAAAGCAGCAGACCCACAGCCUCAUGUUUACAGUGUGAGCAGACAUGGGAUACAGGCGGGGAGAGACCACUCAUUCAUCGCUGAGUUAGCUUGACUGGAAGCUUUUUUUUUAUUUUUAAAUUAAACAACACAUCCAAGACCAUGGCUAAGCAGUACGAUGUGCUCUUCCGACUCCUGCUUCUCGGAGAUUCUGGGGUUGGGAAAACAUGUUUGCUAUGCAGAUUUACGGACAACGAAUUUCACCCUUCUCACAUCUCCACCAUCGGAGUCGACUUCAAAAUGAAAACACUACUAAUAGAUGGUAUCAAAGUUCGGAUACAGAUAUGGGACACUGCAGGACAAGAGAGAUACCAGACCAUCACUAAGCAGUACUACAGACGAGCACAGGGAAUCUUCCUGGUGUACGAUAUCACAAGUGAGCGAUCCUUUCAGCACAUCAUGAAGUGGGCCAGUGACGUGGAUGAGUACGCUCCUGAUAAGGUGCAGAAGAUUCUCGUAGGGAACAAAUCAGAUGAAGUGGACAAGAGGCAGGUGGCCACUGAGCAAGGUGUCAAGCUGGCCAGGGCUUAUGGAAUGGACUUUUUUGAGACAAGUGCCUUCACCAACCACAAUAUAACAGAGACUUUCACACGAUUGGCUGAGCAAGUGCUGGCCGCCAACAAAAAGGACCUGGAUCUGCUGCGGACGUCUUAUAAUGACGAGAUCAAUCUAGCUGCUCUGGAGGAAGAGGAAGGACUCUGUGACGGUGCAGCGGGAGACCAAGGAAAAGCCUGCUGGUGUUAAACACAUAAGACAGUUAAUUACUUGUUAUCAUGUAGACUCUCUGAGCACUUUGAGGAAAGUUUGUUCCUUUUUUUUUGCCGUUUUCAGAAACAAAAAGGAGCAUUUAGCUAAUGUUUUGAAGCCAACGUCUCUCAGUCUCAAGUAAGGAGGACAAAAAUGUUUAUGAGCUGUGUGAGAGCGCUUUAAAGGACAAAGAUGGGGACAUUUUGCCACUAAGUGUAGAGACUGUUGUGUGCAAAGCAUCCUAAGCUACAAAUGUUAAGGUUUAUCUCAGACAGACUGAGUUUUCAUUGUCCAAACACUGAUGCCUGCUCAGUAUACUGUGUCUUUGUGAAACCAGAUGCAAACUUUAUUCAUUUUAAAUUCAUACAUGCAGUUGAAAAAGGACAGCUGGAGUUCAAGACUUUCCCAACCUUUCUGAUAGACUUGGUACUGUUUCUUCAAAUACAAUAAAAGAUAGGACUUGGAAAUGUGCAACACUGACUUGAAGCUUUUAAAAAUGUUGUAUUUCACCAUAAUUUUCAAGUGCAUUCUCUGGUUUUGAUCAUGGGGCUGAGUGCCUUGAAAAUCAAGAAUAUAAAGCAACAUUUUCACUAAGCAGAUCCAGUUCAGUUCAGUCUAGUUUGGCUCGGUUCAGUUUUGCAUGGUACGAAUGUUUCACCUGUUAAAUAAGGGCCAAAGUAGUACCGUACCUGUACCGUCAUAGUUUUUGGCACCCAUUUGUUGCUGUACCAAGCAUAUAUCCAGCCUAAAGGAGUGGAGCUAGACUCACUGCAGUCCUCUGAUUGGUUGAAGGGGUCGUCACUUCUUGUGGGACAACAGUAGUAAUGGAAUGUUUUGUACAGAGUUUAACGGCUUUUUUGGUAAUCAACAUGCUUUUAAAGGAAACAGUGAUAUAUUAUUUAUCAUUACGUAGAUUGAAAUGACAACAAGGGAGUAGUUAUGUGUUGUUUUCAAACAAGCUGGUUGUAAAGGCUUAUUUGUGCUCUCUUCAAAUAUGAAAGUAGGUCGGUGUGUUUUAAACAAUCAGCACUGCCCAAAUACUCACAUGUGCAAAGGCAUUUUAGGGCCACUCUGAAAUAUAAAGAAUAAAACCAAUCCAUUCAUUCUGAAGAAAAAAGAGUUUAUUAUGUUGUA